AUGGUUUGGACACCCUCAACCAAUGGCAACUUCUCCGUAGCCUCAGCGUGGGGGGACAUCCGCCAAAAGCGUAAUAUUUCGUGGAUCGAUCGUUGGGUCUGGGGUUCCAUCGUGCCUCUAAGAGUAUCCUUCUUUGUAUGGAGGCUGUUGCGCAACUGGAUAUCCCUCGAUAGCUUGCUGCAGGAUAAGGGGGUAGCACUAUGUUCCAGAUGCAGUUGUUGCCAGCAAGGCCCAGAAACUAUCAAUCACCUUUUCUUGCACGGCACGGUGGCUGGGGAAGUGUGGGAACACUUUUUCAAGGUGUUUGGACUUCUCCCCUUCACCGCGGUCAGUGUUGCCGCUAUGCUGUCCCACUGGUUCUUCUCACACUCACAGGUUUCGUCCACUCAUGUGCGGGUUCUUGUUCCGCUGUUGGUUUUUUGGUUCAUUUGGAAGAGCAGAAACAAUGCUAGAUUUGAUGCAUGUCAGAUCACUUCGUCACAAGUGAUUUUUCAGAUCGAAGAGUUGUUGGGCUGGAUGGGUAAGGCUCGCGCGUUCUCUUCAGCCCCUUUUUCAGGCGAUCGGGAUUGUCCCUGGGCGGCCUUUGGCAACAGCUAUGGACGGCCUAAGGCCAUGGUGCCGGUCUCUUGGGAAAAGCCAUUGCCGGGGCAUCUAAAGCUUAACACUGAUGCCAGUGUCCUCACCGGCAAAGCAGCGGGGGGUUGGGUGCUGCGUGAUCAUGACGGGAAGGUGAUCUCGACUUAUUACAAAGAGCUUGGGGAUUUGGGAGUGCUGGAGGUGGAGGCGCAAGCUCUCCUGGAAGGUCUAAAAAUGUGCGCAGAACAGGAGACGGGAGCUUUGACUGUUGAAUCAGAUUCGAAGGUGCUUGUCCAACUAGUGAAUUCGGAAGCCGUCUCAAAAUGGCCGGUAUGUACUGUACUGUGGGAGAUCAGACAUCUCCUCCAUCAGAUGAGGGCUCCUCUUCAGCAUGUGUUUCGUGAGGCCAACUUGGUGGCAGAUGCCCUGGCAUCCUUGCAGGUAGGGGGGCAUUGCUGCUACUCCUUCAUUGAGUCCUUACCCCGCAGGGCCAGAGGUGAGGCACGUCUGGACCGCUUAGGAGUUCCUCGGUUGCGGGAGGUGCAACUUAGGGCUUGA